AUGGCGGACGAAGACAAAUUGGACAUAUUGCCUGAUGUUCUGUUAUCGAUAAUCGUCUCUUCUCUGCCUUUCAAGGAAGCCGUUAGAACUUCAAUUUUAUCAAAGCGUUGGGUGAAGAUUUGGCAAGCGACGAAGAACAUCGAGUUACACGAGAGUUUCUUCGUUCGACGAGAGGAUUCCGAUCAACGAACCAGAGACGUUAAGAUUAGAGCAUUCAUCGAUUUCGCAACAAAUUUCAUCAGAGUCUACCAGGAAUCGACUGUAAGUAAGUUCUCUCUCUCGCUCUCAAAUCCGAUAGUCGUCGGCGAAGGAGAAGGAGGAGGAAGAGGAUUCGUGGAUGAGUGCAUUCGAUUUGCGAUUUCUCACAAGGUGAAGACACUAGAACUCGAUUUCUCAGACGGCGAAAACGAAUCGAACAUAAUGUUGGAUCUGCCUCCGAUAGUGUACGAGCACGAGAAUCUGGAAUCUCUGAAGCUAUUCUCGUGUGGAUUUAGGGCAGUAGAGUUGAAGAAACUGAUUAAUCUGAAGAAUCUCUGUAUAGGAUGGAUUGAAGUAGGGAUUGGAGAAAUUAGGGAUUUGGUGAAGAAAUGUAGGAAGUUGGAGAGUUUGAAUCUGAAGAAUUGUUGGAAUGUAACGCAUUUCGAAAUUGGGGGAAACGAUGAUCAAUUGAGGCUGAGGAGUUUAACGAUUGAGAAUUGCAAGUUUCUUCAUGAUUGGAUUUCGAUUGAGGCUCCAAAAUUAACGUACUUUAGGUAUUUUGGGACUGUUGGUUCGUUUCGCGUGGAAGUGAAUCGGUGUUUUGAAGAGGCUGAUCUUGGUUUUGAGAUUGAUGAUGAUGAUGAUCAUUCUGAAAUUUCUAAUCUUCUUUAUGUUCUUCUUGAGAGUCUCUAUCCUGCCAGAGUUUUGAGUGUUUGUAGUUCUUUGCUUCAGGUAAUUCCAUUGGGAGAUGAGCCAAUUCGUAUGCAAGCAAGAAUGCAUACUCAACAUUUAAGAAUGAGGACUAAGAUUCAUCCGAAUGAAUUUUAUGGCAUAAUUUUUCUCUUGAAUAGUUGUCCCUAUUUGAAGAAGCUUACUCUCAUGCUUGGCCAAGGAAAAAUCUUCCAAGAUUAUGAACCACCAUUUCGAAUGGACAUACGCAGAUUCUGGGCCACAAAUAUGGUACUGAUAAAGUGCUUAUCAGCAUCUCUUGAGACAGUGGAAGUGAAGGGCUUCAAAGGGAAGCAACAUGAAAUCUCAUUUUUGACUCAUCUUCUUCACUAUGGUAGGAUUCUAAAAACCCUCUCUGUUGCUGUUGAUUCUCAUGAUAUUGCAAACAUCCAAAUCUACAUUGAAAAAGCUCAGAUUCUCAAUACCAUCAAACCAGCCUCUAAGAACAUUCAGAUUCAUAUAAGCUGA